AUGGAGAAAACAAACAGCAGCUCUGAGAAGGGCUUUCUUCUCCUGGGAUUUUCAGAUCAGCCUUGGCUUGAGCGUUUCCUGUUUGUCAUCAUUGUACACGUCUACAUCCUAAACCUUCUGGGGAACGCGGCCAUCAUACUGGUCUCCCGCCUGGACCCCAAGCUCCACACCCCAAUGUACUUCUUCCUCAGCAACCUCUCCUGUGUGGACAUCUGCUUCACCACCAGCGUCGCCCCCCAGCUGCUGGUCACCAUGAGCAGGAAGGACAAGACCGUGAGCUACGGUGGCUGCGUGACCCAGCUCUACGUGGCCACAGGCUUGGGCUCAUCUGAGUGCAUCCUCCUGGCCGUCAUGGCGUAUGACCGCUACGCAGCUGUCUGCCGGCCGCUGCACUACACAGCUGUUAUGCACCCACGGCUGUGUGCAGGCCUGGCCAGCACGGCAUGGCUCAGCGGCCUGGUGACCUCCCUCGUCCAGUGCUCCCUAACACUGCAGCUGCCCCUGUGCGGCCACCGCAGGCUGGACCACAUUUUCUGUGAGGUGCCGGUGCUCAUCAAGCUGGCCUGUGUGGACACCACGUUCAAUGAGGCAGAGCUCUUCGUGGCCAGCGUGGUCUUUCUGAUUAUCCCCGUGUCCCUCAUCUUAGUGUCCUAUGGUUUUAUCACCCGGGCCGUGUUGAGGAUCAGCUCAGCGGCAGGGCGCAGAAAGGCCUUCAGGACAUGCUCCUCCCACUUGGUGGUCGUCGUUGUAUUCUACGGGACCAUCAUUUUCAUGUACCUCCAGCCAGCCAGAAGUAGCUCCAAAAACCAGGGGAAGUUUGUCUCCCUGUUUUACACCAUAGUCACUCCACUUCUGAACCCCGUUAUCUACACCCUGAGGAACAAAGACGUCCUGGGAGCUUUGAGGGCAGUGAUGGUGGGAAAUGCUUCGGGGCCAGACAGAUCCUGA